AUGUGGAUACUGCCUUUGGUUGGAUACCUGGGGGUCAUCGUAGGAUUCUCCUUUCUGACCCUUGCCAUAGCCUCGGGACUCUACUACUUGUCCGAGCUCGUAGAGGAACAUACAGUCCUCGCCCGCCGACUAUUGACUCGGUUGAUAUAUAGCGUCAUACUCAUCCAAAUCCUUCUGUCUGUUGUCGAUCGAUUCCCGCUCUCUUUGUCUCUCCUCAGCAUCGGCUCCCACUUGGUCUAUGCCAGCAACCUACGACGGUUCCCCAUUGUCAAACUCUCGGACCCGCUCUUCGUUCUGUCCUGCGUUCUUGUCGGACUAAACCACUGGCUCUGGUUUCGCCAUUUUUCCAAACCCCUCCCCUCGUCACGAGCUGGAACUAAUUGGCGCAACCCAUAUCAGGUGGAUGUGGACAUGCCGACCUUCACUGAGGUCGCGUCUUACUUCGGACUCUGUGUUUGGCUGGUUCCCUUUUCGCUUUUCGUCAGUCUCAGUGCGGGAGAGAAUAUUUUGCCUAGCAUGGGCUCCGAGUAUGCUACGGGAGAGCAUGUCUCGACUGCCGGGUUUGCUAACAAUGCCCUUUCAUCGGAAGGGAAGAGCAAGAACAAGGGAAUGGCAAAGGCUUUGGUUGACGGCACUCGAGACUGGGUCCGGGAAAACGGCGAAUUAAUGGGUUUCUGGAGAGGAGACCACUCUAAACGAUUCUGA